AUGCCUGGCUUUGGUGAGUUAAUGUGACAUGGAAUAUUUUACAUCAUGGAUAAUGGUUGUGAAGUAAAAAUGGAUAAUCAUUGAUAGAAUGUUGUUUAUUGAGUCAUACAUGUAGCGAACAAUCAGUCACACAACACAAUUCAUCAGACUAAAAUGUAAGAUAUCCAGUCGAAGCAGGCAGCCAAAGUUGAGAAGAGAAACAAAGAAUACAUCAAUAUAGAGCGAUUGGUGUACACUCAGGAUAGUAUUUUUGUCAAGGGCUUGAAGGAUCAUAAAUAUCACUUCAAAGAAGCCUUUAAGGAAGAGCAGUUUAAUGAUCCAGAGGAAAGUUAGGAGGACAAGGACAUCACUGCUACAUUCAACAGUGCCACAUUUGAAACCAAGAAGGUAUGUUUGACAGCAGUUUGUUUUUCAUAAUAGGUAGUGGCGGGGGUGGAUAUUCUACUUUAGUCAAGGAGGGCAUACACUGGCAAAGUUCAGGAAGCAUUGCAAUAACCCAAACCCAAAGGGGCCCGGCUUUGCAUGUUAGAGUACAUACCGGAAAUACAAGAGCAAUUCAGAGAAAAACAAGGGGAAAGGAAAGGCUACUAAAACAGUGGUGUCCUUUUAAAAAAAGACAUACAUAGGAGUAAUCACAUAGUUUUUCAAUUGCAUGUUUCACCAUACAGUGUCAUUAUCUGUUCCACCCACUCCUAGAUUGUCUACCAGCGCCAUGCAUAUUACGUGCCAAUGCUGAUCCUGAAAUUCAUGCUUAAGGAGUGAGCCAAGAUGCUGCAUAUCCAGAUGAUGGAUCUGAGAGAGAGCUGAUGUUUUCAAACUGCUAGGCGAAGACUCCACGGCAGGCCGCAGGAGCGCCGACCUGCAUCCACACCUGGACUGUCUGAAAAGGCCCAAGAAAAGCUCA